CUUGGGCCUGGUACCUGAUGCAGGUACUGUUGGGUAAGCAGAGGGUGGGAGUUUCCCACCCCUCCCCAGAGAAGGGCAGGGGGCCCUGUCCCAAGCUUCCUAACCCAGGACCUCCAUUUCCCGCAGAGGAGAAACAAGAUAGGGAGCAGGCCUGGUCCAGCUCUGGCUCUCUGCCUCUCCACGUGCUCACGGCCUCUCCCAGCCUGGUGCUAAGCAGUGUCAUGAGUCUGGACCAGUUGGGAGAUUAAUUCUUGGGCAUGGGAGCACUUCAGGGCAGGGAAGGGGGAGGAGUGACAGGUCCAAGGUCACCAACAGAGAGGGGCAGCUGCCAUCCUUGAUAGAUCCCUCCUCUUCAGAAUCUGUGACAGGACUUCCCUUGUGGCGCAGCGGUUAAGAAUCCGCCUGCCAAUGCAGGGGACACGGGUUCGAGCCCUGGUCCAGGAAGAUCCCACAUGCUGCGGAGCUACUAAGCCCGUGGGCGACAACUACUGAGCCUGCGCUCUAGAGCCUGCGAGCUGCAACUACUGAAGCCCGGGCACCGAGAGCCCGUGCUCUGCAACAAGGGAAACCACUGCAAUGAGAAGCCCGCGCACCGCAACAAAGAGUAGCCCCCGCUCGCCGCAACUAGAGAAAGCCUGCACACAGCAAUGAAGACCCGACGCAGCCAAAAAAUAAAUUAAAAAAAAGAACAAAAAACAACAACAAAAAAAUGGGGCUUCCCUGGUGGCGCAGUGGUUGAGAGUCCACCUGCAGGACACGGGUUCGUGCCUUGGUCCGGGAAGAUCCCACAUGCCGCGGAGCGGCUGGGCCCCUGGGCCAUGGCCCCUGAGCCUGCGCGUCUGGAGCCUGUGCUCCACAACGGGAGAGGCCACAACAGUGAGAGGCCCGCGUACCGCAAAAAAAAAAAAAAACGACUAAGCCUUGUGGAAUUCAAAAAUUUAGAAAAAAAAAGAAAAAGAAAAGAAUCUGUGACAGAGGUGGUCAGGAAGCCCCACUGGAAAAGAGAGCCAAGCAGGGCACUGGGCGCUUCUGGCCUGUAGCAAGCCCUGGCUUCAACCCACAGGCCUCAGCCUCCCUGGCUCCUCCUCCCCCACCCCGCCCCACAUGCACUUAAUACUUCUGGCACCCAGUCCACCUGCCUCGGACUUUGGCCUCAGUGGUAGCUAGUGGGAGCCUGGGAAGCCCUGGAGCAAAGUUUCUCAAGCAAAGCAAAAGAAGAAACUUCAGGUGUUGUAGUGCCUGCUAGCUUUCCCCUGAGAAGCUUCGGCUGCCACCUGCAGGUCACUUGGGGUCCGGCCAUGUGGCUGCCUCUGCUUCUUGGAGUCUCGCUCUGGGCAGCACUGUGGUUGCUCAGGGACCGGCAGAGCCUGCCCGCCAGCGAUGCUUUCGUCUUUGUCACCGGCUGUGACUCGGGCUUUGGGCGGCUUCUGGCACUGAGGCUGGACCAGAGAGGCUUCCGAGUCCUGGCCAGCUGCCUGACCCCCUCAGGGGCAGAGGACCUCGAGCGGGUGGCCUCCUCCCGACUCCACACCACCCUGCUGGAUGUCACAGAUCCCCAGAGCGUCCGGCAGGCAGCCAAGUGGGUGGAAACACACGUCGGGGAAGCAGGGCUUUUUGGUCUGGUGAAUAAUGCCGGCACGGCUGGCAUCAUCGGGCCCACACCUUGGCAGACACAGGAGGAUUUCCAGCGGGUGCUGAAUGUGAACACACUGGGUCCCAUCGGGGUCACCCUCGCCCUGCUGCCCCUGCUGCGGCAGGCCCAGGGCCGGGUGAUCAACAUCACCAGUGUGCUGGGCCGCCUGGCAGCCAAUGGAGGGGGCUACUGUGUCUCCAAGUUUGGCCUGGAGGCGUUCUCUGACAGCCUGAGGCGGGACGUGGCUCCUUUCGGGGUACGAGUCUCUAUCGUGGAGCCUGGCUUCUUCCGAACCCCCGUGACAAACCUGGAAAGUCUGGAGGACAGCCUGCAGGCCUGCUGGGCACGGCUGCCUCCAGCCACACAGGCCCUCUAUGGGGAGACCUUCCUCACCAAAUAUCUGAGAGUGCAGCAGCGCAUCAUGAACCUGAUCUGUGACCCGGACCUGACCAAGGUGAGCAAGUGCCUGGAGCAUGCCCUGACUGCCCGUCACCCCAGAACCCGCUACAGCCCAGGCUGGGAUGCCAAGCUGCUCUGGCUGCCAGCCUCCUACCUGCCAGCCAGCCUGGUGGAUGCUGUGCUCACCUGGGUCCUUCCCAAGCCUGCUCAGGCGGUCUACUGAACUCAGCCCUCCAGCAAGAGGUUGUCGUUCAAGGCAAGGACUUUGAUUUAUUUCUGUCCCCCACCCUGGCACUGCCUGGUGCUUGGUACAAAACAGGCACUCAAUAAAUGUGUAU